GAUGAGGAUGCGUGUGUCACCCGCCCAGCGGCAGAGAAAAAUCUGAUGUAUAAUUUUCAAGACGCAAAGUAUCUACGUCGCGAGUUAGUUGAGGAGUUUCCACCAAAAUUACCCUUGAAAUGUUGUGAAGUUUCGGCCAAUUUCGGCGUCAAAGUGCACCGCAAUCCCAAAUUAACCCGUAACCGUGGCGAUUGUCAGUGAUAAUCUCAGUUUCGAGCGCUAUUUCCUCCAGAAUAUGCAACAAAUAGACGAUCCCCCGUAUUUGACUGUAGGCACGGAGGUAAGCGCCAAAUACAAGGGGGCUUUUUGCGAGGCUAAAGUGCGCAAGGUGGUUCGAAACAUCAAGUGCAAAGUCGCGUACAAACAGACCGGACUCGGUUCUGGCGUUGUGUCGGACGAUCAGAUAAAGGGUGCAUUGCGUGCUGGUGCUACGGUGGAGGUGAAACACCCGGAACGAAAGGAAUACGUGGAAGCAACGUUGACCAAGAUUCAGGACGGUUCGCAAUAUACGGUAGUGUUUGACGAUGGAGACAUUACGACGCUCCGCCGGAGUGCACUGUGUUUGAAGAGUGGAAGACAUUUUAAUGAAAGUGAAACACUGGAUCAGCUUCCGUUGACACAUCCGGAACAUUUCGGAAACCCGGUGAUUGGUGGGCGCAGAGGCAGGAGGUCUCGCCAUCUUCUUCCAGACGAUAGCUCGGAUGACGAUGACGAACCGGUCACCAACGCCCGUACAAACACCAGCGACAAGGAGGAAAACAUUGGCAAAGUGGUCUGCGUGGAAACGACUGACAACAAGAGGAAGAACCCGAAGGAGAACUGGUUCCCGGGGCUGGUUGUUGCCCCGACCGCCCAGGAUACGGUUCGCAUACGCGUCAAGGAUGAAUAUUUGGUACGUUCCUUCAAGGACGGCCGUUAUUACACUGUACCGAAAAAGGAGGCAACCGAAUUCACACGUGAUUGCACCAACAAAUCGGAAGCGUCUGCCGUUUCCGCUGCUCUAGAUUUCAUGGAUAACGAUACAUUACCGCCGCACUGGGAUCGCGAAGCACUGUUCGGAAUGGCGGGCAGCUGCAGUGAUUCGGAACAGGAGCUGGAGACAGACAGUUCCGAUGAUGAGCCUACAGAGGAAAAGGAUCACUUUGUUGCACAACUGUACAAAUUUAUGGAUGAUCGUGGAACACCACUGAACAAGGUUCCCUCAAUUAUUAACCGUGACGUCAAUCUAUACCGAUUGUUCCGUGCGGUACAAAAGUUGAAUGGAUACAACCGCGUCACCAGUCAGAAUCAGUGGAAACAAAUUGCUUUGAGACUAGGAUUCUCUCCGGCCACGGCCAGCAUUACGAAUCUAGUUAAGCAAGCGUAUAAAAAGUUCUUAUUCUCAUUUGAAGAAUUCAAUCGAAAGUUGGGCUGUACGAUGGUCCCUCAUCCUCGAACAAAUCGAACCAAGGGACGCAGUUUGGUGCGGGCAAUUUCGGUCCAGUCGCCGAAGAUCACAGAGAAGGAAAAACCUUCCACCUCGAAAGCUGCAGUAGCUGCUGCUAUUGUCGCUGCCGCAGAUGCUGCGUCGAGUUCGGCUGUUGACGAAUCCGGUAAUACCAGCGAGUCGAGUACCACUGAAUCAAAACCAACCACCAAACGAAAGCUUUCAAGCGCUAGCGGAAAGGUAAAGGCGUUGGUGGAAAAGUUUGAAGAGAAGGAGAAAAACAAAGAGGCAGUGAUCGUCAAGAAAGAGGAACCUAUACCGGUUGCUAAGAAGGAUAAACCUCCAGCUAAACCAGUUAUUCCUCCGAAAGUCGUAGAAAAAGUUGAAUCGAAUGAAAAACGUGGAAGAAAGAGGAAGGAAACGGAUUCAACUGAUUCGAAAAAGGAUGACAAAGACAGUGGCAAAGGCUCGUCAAGUGGUGCGUCGACUUCUUCGACAAGUGGAGAAAGCAAAAUUAGCAUUGUAACUGAUACCAAGGCGGGUGCAGGCGAUUUCCCCAUUGAGGUUGGGGACAAAUUGAAGGUGUUUUACGACGAACAGAAGGUGACCUACGAAGCAAAGGUCAUUGAAAUAGCAAAGCAAGAAGGAAGACCAAUAUAUUUGGUGCAUUACACCGGUUGGAAUACAAGGUAUGAUGAAUGGGUACGUAAAGAGCGUAUUGCAGAGAACCUUACCAACAGUAAGACAAAGAAGGGUAAAUCUGACAGGAGUAGUAGUAGUUGUAAAAACCCUGCCACUCCCCAUGGUCCUCCGCCAACAUCAACCACCACGACCCCGUCGAGUGGUGCCACUUCGAACACAUCGAUUACCACCCCAUCGACAACGCCGAAGACCUCCAAGCGUAUCCGAGGCAAUUCGAAGGGCGAUAUCAGUGGCAGUUCAUUGAACUCUCCACGAUCCACGACCCCGAACACAUCGUUACAUCGCAAUAAAUCUCCCGGGUCAGCAACCGGAGGACCGAAUCGUCGCCCGAUAACACGCGGUGGUCAUCCUGCUGCGUCGUCUUCCAAGCGGCGUACUUCCAACAAUACGGACAUUUCGUCGCUUUCGAUCGCCACCGAUGACAACACCAGCGAUACCGAUUCGGACGAACCCAUCAAAAAGUGCCCGGCCAACACCAACAGCAACAGCUCGUCGUCGACCGCUUCGUCCAAUUCGUCAUCGUCAUCUUCUUCGUCAAGCAGCAGCAUUAGCUCGAGCAGCACGAAAGUAAGUACAACGGCCGAAGCGGGCUCGUCCUCGGACGCGGCGGCCAUCUCGGACGAGUUUAGCAACGGAGCUUCCAAGGGCCGCGAUUACGAUCUGAACCAAGUAAAUUUCGGGAUUCGCUCGGAGUUGAAAGGCUUCAAGGAACUAAAGUCACCAACAUCACCAGUUUCGGAUAGUACUACGACGGCAACUACCGAUGCCGUUGGUUCGCAGGCUCAAGUUGCCGCACCCGGUGAAGUAGAUGAUAAAGCGACAGUCGCCGAUCUGAACACUGAUGAGAAUGCACCGUCGGUAGAAACGGAACCGGAAGCAGCCAUUUCAGCAAACGACCGGACACCCACGAAAGAUGAGCACGAUGAUCCAAUCGAGGAGGAACAGGAAAAGUCUUCCGAAACUGAAACCCUCAGCGAAGAAGAUUCCUCGCAGAGCUCCAAUAAGGCAUUCUCGAGUUCGCCCAUUACCGCAAUGGUUGAUUCGGACACCGGUCCAGAAACUCCGAUUCCACCGCCUAAGGCAUCGACACCAACUCCCACCGUUAUUACCACCGCUGCAACGACAACGAUUUCCAGUAUUUCUACAACCGGAUUGGGUACAAAGGGCCAUAAAACCGUCGAUACUAUACACGCGAAGACCAGUGAAAAGGUAGGGGAAAAGGCAAUGGAAAAAACGAGCAAAACCUUGGAUGAGAAACAAACCGGAGCUUCCAGCAGUGGUGUGUUGAAUAAGCCACCACUAAAGACCUACGGGACAGCGGCUGCUAUUCUGGCAAAUGCUGAGAAUAAUGCUGUUAAAUUUGCAUUUAGUACCAUCAUUAGGGAGGUGGAAGGAGAAAAGCUUCCUCUGAUUCCCGCAGAUGGUAGUAUCGCAAGCACUUCAGCGUCGACAGUCCCCAACAAGGAUGUCCCUGUUCCAAUAACUUCUAAACCACCCCAUUUGCUGCUAGCAGAAGCUAAACCAACCACGUCGAUGGUACAUACGACGUUACCGCGGAGUAAUCCUUCGACCAGUGCUGCAUCUGCUCCGAUAGUCGUAACACCUACCACAAUAGCCAAUGUAACAGUAUCCAAUCCCGCAAUUCAACAGUCAUUAGCACCAAAGAGUGCAAAAAUGAUCAAUGUUCAGGAUGAGAUUGUAGCGACAGUUAUUAACAAGUCGGCCAUUGCGGCAGCCACUACGGCAACAGCGGUUUCUGCCGCUGUUUCCUCUACCAUCCCCGGUAGUGGAGGUAUUUCGCUGUCGGGCGCUACAUCUACUACUACCUUGGCAGCACUACGCGCAGAGAAAAAACUUACAGGAGACAAGAAAAUUGAAAAGGUUAAUCCCACGGGUAAGUUGGCAGCAGUGACGGUUGCACCUGCGGAGAAGAAACUGUCCUCCACCACAUUAACACCAGCUCAGAAUAAACUGCUGAGCAAAGAAGCACUAUCCAUCAAAUCGAUCUUUGAGUCGAGUGCAGCACGAUUGGAAGAGAAGAAUUCCGAUGUUUACGAGUUCAAGGACGUCGAGUUUGAGCUCGAAGCUACCACUACUGGGACGGCUCCAAGAAAGCAUGUUUCCGAGGUACCGCCAGCUGAAGUGGUUAGUUCGCUGACACCGGCGCUGUUGCCGGAGGAGAAGAAAAUUGGGAAGAAAAAUCCGAUAAGGAAGAUCGGUGAUCCGUUGGGGUUAUUGGACAAAAAAGCGAAGAAGAUUUCACCUAUCAAGGAAACUGAUAAACUUAAACUGGUUAGACGGGAAAAGGAAAGGGAUCUGGAGAAGGAGAAACUGUUGCUCAGUGAACUGGAGGGGGCUGCCGCUACAUUUAGCAGCACUUUAGCAACUCCCGAGAAAUCUUCGCCGUACUUCGCGGGUUUUUCAUCUGCCACCAAGAGCGAAAACAUUUCGUUUGAUGUGGUGCGAAAGUCACCAAGUUUCACCGCUGUCUCGCAUCGCGAAGAAAAGAUUUCUGUUCUGGCCACGGAAGAUCAAAAGCCUGAACCUUCAAAGUUGGCCGCUGUUACAAAAGGUAUAUUCACACCAGUAAUGUCCCCUACUGGUUCCGAGGCAUCGGGCAUCGACAAUACUAAGAGCCCAACAAAGAUGGAGGAAAAACUGAAGGAGGAACCUACUCUCGAAAAUUGUAAAAAAUAUUUCAAUGACAUGAACUUCGAGUUUGAUGCGCCGAAAGUCGAGAAACCUCCUUCCAUUGCAGAUAAGGUAUUGAAGGCGCUUGGUCACCAGCAGCAGGGUCACGUAAGUAGCGUGAAAUCCGAAUUCCCGAAAUAUAUCAUUCCGAUUGCGCACCACAAGCAUUCUCCGAUUAUUCCACUUGAAACCGUAGUCAGUUGUGCUCCAGUAGCUGGCGUUCCUCUUAAAGUAGAAGCAUCUAACUUCGCCGCUGUGAUUCCUAUCAAGAGCAUUCACACCGAACCACCCAAAAUAGAAAUCAGCAGCAUCAUUUUGAAAAAGGAGGUCGAUGUGACCAGGCCGAUUCCGAUGAUCACAAAAAUGCUGCCUAUUUUCCCAUGUAAACCAGAAAUUUUACCGCCGACGACCUGCACCAAAAGUCAGGAUCUAACCGAAUCCAUCAAAAAGCUUGAAACAUCCAGUCUGGUCCAAGCAGAUUCAUCCCGUUUCACUCAUCACGACGAAGAUAGUACCGAUAGCAACGAUUCUGAACAUCGGCUGGUAAUCGAAGAUCCGGAAGCACUUGAUUCAAUCAAUCCAAAUCAACAGACCGAUUUCGAAAAACUGAUCAAGGUGGAAGUCGAAGAGAAGACGCAUCUCACACAAACUGAACUCCACACGGCCGCUUCUGCUGCGGCAGUUGCCGCCGUUGCCUGUAAGGAGCGGCUAGUCUUCAAGACCGAAUUGCACGACAUCAAAGAUGAAUCGACAAGCUUCACGGUAACCCAUCCGGAUACGAAGAAGGGUAAACAGCAGAGUAUCUUGGAAACUAUCAUCCAAAGCGAGUUGAAUACGGUCGUCAAUCGAGGCAUGAUUUCGCAUGGUUAUCUGACACUGAAAGACCAGCAGGAUUCCUUCGCUCAAAACGAACUCGAACGACUACGUCGCGAAGAACAACUUCAACAGAUGCAGCAGCAGCAACAAGCUCAAGCCGUUGGCAUAUCCCUAUCGACCGAUCCUGCUGACAAACUUCAACAGCAGCAGAAACACAACAACGAAUCACUCUCGAUGUUGCUUUGCGAGGAAACUAUACCCUGUUCACCUGCACCGGUUUGCGGUGUUUCGUCGGCUGCAGCGCAAAAAGAGUCCACCAAGGUAUACGUGGAAACGGGAACUUCCUUCCUACAGCCACAGAACAUUGCCCCGGAUCUGAAGCCGGUACCGAUGGAUUUGGAACCGAGCACAGACCAAAUUGCGCUUGCCAUUGGCAGAAAGCAACCGACGGAUGCUAGCGAUACUCCGAACAGUUCACCAAGAGAUUCAAUCAGUCAGGAUGAAAAUCAAGAAACGGAAGCUUCGCCCGCUAAAAAGCGCAGACAGCGGAAAGCUAGCGAGGAACCUACCAACAAGCGAAGGCGAACUGGUACUGGUAUGACGUCAAGCAGCGGUUAUGGUUCGAGGGGCAACAAUCGGAACGUGGGUAACAAUGCUACCGACAGCGAGGACAACUCCGACUCAAUGGCGUUCCAGCGUGGUGGUUCGAUUGGUGCACAGUCUAUUGGCGCGAUCGGGUCCCCCAGCGGAAAAUCCAGUCGACCCUGUCAGUACAAUUUCCUCGUCAAUUUGGAUCCAGCCCUGAACAGUGCUCAGCGGAUAGCGAUAUUGAAGAAGAAAAUUCAGGAACUGCGUAAAACUUACAACGUGAUCAAAGCCGAACUAGCGAGCAUCGAUCGUCGGAGGAAGAAACUUCGGCGCCGAGAGCGGGAAAAUAAGAAGCAAGCCAAGAUAGCCGCUUGCGGCAGUACUAGCUAGGCUGGUGCUCUCUUCGUACCAUUGUAAUCGUGGCAAUUUUACAUUCAGUGUUUAAUUUUAUUAUAAUUAUUAUGAUCGUAGUCUCAUUUUAUUGCAUAGUGAUUAGUAACAGUUAGAAGUUGAGGUUCUUGUUCUAAAAAAAUAUUAAUCAACUUGAAGCCCUAGAGUGAUUAGGCUGUAAGGACAUAUUUUUCUUGGCAAACUGUAAAAAAUACAUUCUAGGUGUCUAAUUGUAAGAAUAUUGAUCAAUUGUGUAGUUUGUAUAGUAUGUUGAGAUUAGGCAAGUGAAUUGUGAUGCUCAAACAGAAUGAAGUUUCUUCGCGUUUGGUCCAAACAGCCUACAGUUCUAGUUCUUAGACAGAUGAUUUAUAACAGAAACAAUACAUACAGAAUUGGGAUGGAAAAUUUAUUUCAAAAAUAAAGAAAUAAAAUGUAGCAGCUCUUUGACAGUAAUGUGCUGAAAUUGAUUCUUAACUUGUAAAUGUAGAGCAAUAACAGAAACAAUUGCAUUGUUCCAAGAGUGAUAAUUCAACAGGAACAUCAGUGACCUAGCACACUUUUCAGUAAUCAACAAGAUUGGAGAAUUUAUUACUGAUGAGAACACUGAAACAGAGAGUUCAAUCUGAAACUUUUUCUUAUCUUAUAUAUUGCAUACACUCAUCACAAGAUACUGUACAUGGACCUGUAUUUAAAUCGCAUUUCUAUUUUCGCCAUAAUCGGUUUUAUACCGCACCAGAGAACAGAAAGCGUUCGAUUACAAACUUUCUUUACCAUUCGUGUUGAAACCAAAAACAGUUUCCAUGAACGGUUAUGAUUCAUUGACAAAAAUCACAGGACACAUCUAAACUCUACUGUGUACUUACGAAGUACAAAUUUGAAGCAUUAAAAGUAGUAUGGUUUUCCAUUAAA